CGGGCGCUCCCCGCUCGGCGCCAUGUGAUCGCGGUGGACCCGGCUCAGCCGGAUCGGGUUCGUGCAGACGGCGGGCGGGGGGAGCCGCCGUUCUCCAGAGCCGGCGCUUUAGCUUUUGGGUUUGUUUUCGCCCCGUGUUUGGCACUCGUCAAAGUACGGGGCCCGAUAGGCGGACGCCCGGCGCUCUGCGGGAUGGCUCGCCUCGGUCGUGCUGCCCGCCGGCGGUAGCAGGGGAAGCGAUGCUGCCCGCGCCCCGCGAGCCCGGAGCGGCCGGCGCCGCCUGAGGGGCUGCGGGGCGGGCGCGACCCGGGGCUGCCUCCCGCCAUGCGUGCUGGUAGCGGCUGCGCUGGGCAGCUCCUCUCUCCCGAGGCCGGGUAACCGCGGCGGAGGCGCCCGGACGGCGGGACCAUGGUGAAGGAGGAGUGCAAGGCGUUGCUGGACGCGCUCAGCAGGGUGACAGCCUGCUACCGGCACAUGGUGCUGACCAUCGGCGGCACCUCGGACUCGCAGAACCUGCGCGAGGAGUUGAAGAAGACCCGGCAGAAAGCCCAGGAGCUGGCGGUGGCCAACAGGAACAAGCUGACCACGGUGCUGAGGGACAAAACCGUGAGUAAGGAGGACAAAGCCGAGUUCGAGAGACUAUGGGUGAUUUUCUCCACGUGCUUAGAGAUCCUGGAGAUCGACAUGAGGAGAGCGCUGGAGCUGGGGCACGAAUUCCCGCUGAACGUCCCCAAAAAGCACCUGAUCCAGACGGGCAUGAGCGGGGGCACCUCCGGCGUGGCUGCCCGGGCCAUGAGUGUCCAGAACAUGAAAUAUGAGGCUGAGCACAACAUAGAUGUGGUGGAUCUGAAGGACCUAGAGAACGAAAUCAACCAGGUAGGAGAAAUGAUGUACGAGAUGGAAAUGAAGGUCAAUGUCCCCCAGUGGACAGUAGAGGCUAAGCAAGACCCUGGGGCUGAACUCAAAUCCACCAUCAGCGUGGGCGCUUCUUCCAUUGGCAUGAUCUCUGUGGAGGAAAAUAAAUCCUUCUGCGAUAUCAGCAAAGUUCUGGCUGGGAUUAUUUUCUCUGCUGUUCUCAUUAUUGCUAUCGUGCUGGCAGUGUGUGUGGUAAAACUCUCAUAAACUGUGCUGGCACUGGAGAGCUCUCACAGGGCCUCCCGAAAGUGCUUCGUGCCACGCGUCUCUUGUUACUUGGGUGCACUGAGAAUCUAAACCUAGCACUUGGAAACAAAAAACUUUUGCCUCUCUAAAUCCUGAAAUGCACAGUUCCUUUCAUGCUUUUUGAAGAAAAAGAUGCAAAUCAGCCUGCAAACUAGGAUGUAUUCAUUAGCUGGACUUGUAAGGGUUAACUGUGAAGUAUUGAGGGUAUUAUCACUACUGGCUAUAACAGCGAUUUGUCUGCUAUUAAUAGAUCAUCACUCUCAGAAGCCUGCAUUUUUUGUUCUUGAACAGGCUCUGCAGUUUGCUGCUGCUCACUGUUUACAAUAUUUCUGACUGACACGAAUUUGGAGGCCAACACAGGUGUUUUGCAUGACAGUGAAUAGAAUAGAUUGAGAAUUUUUUCAGCAAUAUGCAAGAUAUUAUUUCAGUGGAGGAAAAAGGGAAGAAUGGAUGCACCAAUAAGGGAAUGUAAAUGUCUAUUUCAACAAAGGUUAAUGAUCAGGGAAAGGGGAAGUGUGGAGGAGAACAAAGAAAACUAGCAAUAUUCAGCAAGUACAGUUUGUAGCUUUAGACUGGGUUGCAUAGAAGCCAGCGACCAGGGUUGGCACAGCACAUAUUGAUGGCUUUCCACAUCCUGAGAGAGAAAAGGGAGAGCUGCAUAGUCAGAAAAAUGCUAGCAAGCCCUGUGGUUUUCUUCCACGUUAACCAUGAUCUUGUCUCCCCCUGCAGAAAGGCUGAUUCUUGUCACUGGUUCAGAUUCUUUCUGUAGAUGCAAUCUGUCUGAACUUCUCAAUUAACUAUGAGAUGAGGAGCAGUGAAUCCACCUACAACAGAUGCAAUAAUUUUUGACAAUAGUUUGGCAAACAGCAGUGAUGCAUUGUGAAAGCAGACCUUUCUAGUCAUCUUGAAAGAGAUCCUCUCUCAUGUUGACAGGCAGAGACUUUGGCCUCUUGACAUACAAACUCCUGAGGUCUUUGCAGAAAUCCAGAUAGAGCUAAAAAAAAAAUCUGUUUCAUCUCUCAUUCAUUUCUGAGAAAUCAUCUGGGAAAGAGGAAGUCUGUGGUACUGGACACAUAUCUGGUCCAAUUGGAUACCCUGCAGUUUGGGAGGAUAAAAGCAAGAGCAGCAGAAAACUUUCCCAGCAUUUACCUAAAAAUUGCCUGUUUAAAUGUAGAACUGAAGGGACAUUAACUUUGCAGAGAAGCACUGUUAUGUCUUGUAAAAGGACUCACGUGUUAAUGUUCUUCAUUAUGUAGCUUAUGGAGAUUUGUUCUGUUCAUGUAAAUACACGCCAUUCAUUCAAGAAUGCUUAGUGCAGACAUUAUAGUGCAUAUGAGACACUCCACAGGGAGUUAUAGAGACCUGAUCACAUGGGGGUUUUAAUACAUAAUUAGUCUGCCACACCAAUUACUAUGGACACAUUAUCAAAAGGUAAUAAUCAGAUACGUCUGGUGAAGUUACUAGAAAAUAAUCUUUGUGAACAGAAGUACGUUACCAACAUAUUUGAACAGGUGAUAACUUUUUGAGUUGAGGACAAAACUUUUAAGAACAGCAGCAGGUAACUUUUUAAUAUGUAAUAAAACCAGAUUUGGGUAAAAAAAAGUGUGUAACAAAUUGAAUCUAGUGAGGAAAAAAAAUGCCAAGUGAAAGCUUGAACUGUGUUAUGCACACUGAUCCAAUCUAGACAUGGUUCACACAGGAAUUAAUGUAUAAGACUCUACGUUCCUUUCUAUGGUGUUUCACUCAUUCCAUAGGAUGUGUUUUGUACACAGGUAACUUAGGUGUGUACAGAGUUCUUCUAAAGAAAAAGUUCCUAUUUCAACUACAGAAAUUAAGCAGCGCUCUUAAACAGUCAGGCCUGUUUUAAUUGGUGCUACUGCUUCAGUCUGUCUAGGCACACAUGAUAUGUAAUAGCUGUGUUUUGAUUUAAAUGUGAAGAACUCUUUCACAAUAAUACUGAGUAAACACAUUUAUGGAAAAUACAGCAAAAGCUGCAGGAGAAUGUACUGUUAAGGAUGGCCACCACUAGUCACUAAGGGUUUGUGGGUGUUUUCACUCACUGCAGUCUCCUUUACUUAGUUCCCAUGAACGUGCAUCAGAAGUUGAACUUUUU